AGCCAAUCAGGAGGGGGCGGGGUGGGGCAGAGCCCUCCUCAUAACUGCCAGCCCCCUGAGGACAAGACGGUGGGCCCAGGUGCCCUCACCCCACUCUCCCGUCCCAACGGGACCACAAGCAGCAGGGAGCAGUUGGUGGUGACCGCUGAAAUGGGCUGCUACUGCUUUGAUGUUCUGUAUUGUCACCUGCAUGGCUUCCCACAGCCUCGUCUGCCACGUUUCACUAAUGACCCCUAUCCGUUGUUUGUUACGUGGAAGGCGGGGCGUGAUAAGCGUCUUCGUGGCUGUAUCGGGACCUUUUCAGCCAUGAAUCUACACUCAGGUCUCAGGGAAUACACCUUAACCAGUGCCCUUAAAGACAGCCGCUUUCCUCCACUAACCCGAGAGGAACUUCCCAAGCUGUCAUGCUCCGUGUCUCUGCUCACCAACUUUGAAGAUGUAGGCGACUUCUUGGAUUGGGAGGUUGGAGUCCAUGGAAUCCGGAUUGAGUUCCUAAAUGAGAAAGGAGUAAAACGCACAGCCACCUACCUGCCAGAAGUAGCCAAGGAACAAGACUGGGAUCAGAUUCAGACAAUAGACUCUCUGCUCAGGAAAGGCGGCUUUAAAGCUCCUAUUACUAAUGAGUUUAGGAAAAGCAUCAAACUUACAAGGUAA